UCAUCAAGAAAUAGACCUUCUUUAGUGGGCUGAGCUUUCUGCUUUUUCUAUUUGCUUUGUUUAUCAAUAAAAAAGCUGGCCCACACUCAACCCUAGAUCCAAAAAAAAGCCCAAAACGAGCGCUUUAGGAAUUAGAAUUAAAAUUAUAUAGCCGUUAGAAGCAGCUCCCCCAAUCGACGGCUCAUCUUUCCUUCAAUUCAAAGUUGAAUGAAAAACCCUCUCUCUCUUCCAAUCUGAAACUCUCUCCCUCUCUCUCUCUCUCACUCUCACGCUCGCUCAGUCUUCCUCUCGCUCAAUCUCUGUGAAAUUCGGCAACUUGAAUUCUCUGAUUUUAGAUCCAUGGACGAUCAAACGAUGGAAGUAUUAUCAGAGAGAGCCAAGCACCCCGUUUCUCGUUGCGACCCACUACCCUCUCCAUCCUCAAAUUCAGAAUUGGUUGAUGAGAGUGGCCAUUCCAUGAAUGGAGAUAAUGCAUGGAACAGAAAUGAAGUUGAAGAAACUACUCAUUCAAUGGAUGAGGAUACUAUAUCGAAUACAAAUUUGCUAGCUCAGGGGCCAACACUUCCUAUAUUGCAGAAGAUUAUCACUUUGAGCAUUAAAAUUCAGAACCUAAAGAAAGAACAUGCUAUUUUAUCUGAUCAAGCGAAGGGUAUGGCAACAGAUUCCUUUCCCGGCCCAGAGGCUAUAAACAUGCUUUGGCAUCUCAGUCAUGAACAUGAACUUCUGAAGAAGAAGUACCUGGAGGAGUCUUCUGAACGGAAGCGGCUUUACAAUGAAGUUAUCGAACUUAAAGGAAAUAUUAGGGUCUUUUGCAGAUGUAGACCAUUGAAUGAAGUUGAAAUUGACAAUGGUUUGAAAAAUGUCGUGGAAUUUGACUUGUCACAGGACAAUGAGCUACAGAUCAUCUCCUCUGAUUCUUCCAAAAAGCAAUUCAAGUUUGACCAUGUGUUUAAGCCCGAGAAUGACCAAGAUGCUGUCUUUGCACAGACAAAGCCCAUUGUGACUUCAGUGCUGGAUGGUUAUAAUGUCUGCAUAUUUGCCUAUGGGCAAACUGGAACUGGGAAAACAUUUACCAUGGAGGGAACCCCUGAAAAUAGGGGAGUCAACUACAAGACUUUGGAGGAGUUGUUUCGCAUAUCUGGGGAAAGAAACGGCAUUGUGAGAUAUGAGCUAUCUGUUAGCAUGUUGGAGGUCUACAAUGAAAAGAUUAAAGAUCUGCUAGUAGACAAUUCAAACCAAGCUAGCAAAAGGUUGGAGAUAAAGCAAGCAGCCGAAGGAACCCAGGAAGUCCCUGGGCUUGUUGAAGCUCGUGUUCAUAGUACAGAGGAAGUUUGGGACCUUCUGAAGUCUGGAAGCCGAGUAAGAUCAGUUGGAUCCACCAAUGCAAAUGAGCUUAGCAGCCGUUCUCACUGCCUGUUGCGGAUAACUGUAAAGGGGGAAAAUUUAGUCAAUGGGCAAAAAACUAAGAGUCACCUUUGGCUGGUGGAUUUGGCUGGUAGUGAGCGUGUCGGAAAAAUUGAUGUUGAAGGUGAAAGGCUAAAGGAAUCUCAGUUCAUAAACAAGUCUCUUUCGGCACUUGGGGAUGUUAUCUCUGCCCUUGCAUCUAAAACAGGCCAUAUUCCUUACAGGAACUCCAAGCUCACCCACAUGCUGCAGAGUUCAUUAGGAGGAGAUUGCAAAACCCUGAUGUUUGUUCAGAUCAGCCCAAGCUCUGGAGACCUUGGGGAAACCCUUUGCUCUCUGAAUUUUGCCAGUCGAGUCCGAGGGAUUGAAAGUGGUCCUGUACGGAAACAAGCAGACCUUACUGAGAUUUUCAAGUACAAGCAAAUGGCAGAGAAGCUAAAGCAUGAUGAGAAAGAAACAAAGAAGUUGCAGGAUAAUGUGCAGUCCUUGCAGUUAAGGCUUACUGCUAGAGAGCAUAUCUGCAGAAGUCUUCAAGAAAAGGUUCGAGACCUGGAGAAUCAGUUGGCGGAGGAGCGGAAAACUAGAUUAAAGCAAGAAACCAGAGUUCUUGAUGCUGCUUCUACUCGGUCUUCAAGACAAGCUCCAUCUUCUAGACAAGCACCGGUAAAGACCAAACCAGAGAAACCACCACUGGGUCCUUCAAAAUUGAGAAUGCCGUUGCGAAGGAUCACCAAUUUCAUGCCCCAAGCAUCUCCUCACCCUGCUCGUAAAACUGCUACAACCAAAUCAGCUAUUCCUGCCCCAACACAAGAUAAAGAAAAUGUUCCCAGAAUGACAACAAUGGCAGCCAACACAAAAGGCCUAUUAAUGAAACCAAGACGUAUGUCAGUAGCUAUUAGACCAUCUGGUCCUUCAAUGACAUCACAGGUCCUUCAGCCCAAAAGACGAGUAUCCAUUGCUACGCUACAACCAGACCCAAGCUCAUACAUUACAACUCCCCUUAACAACUCUGCUUCACGAUAUAGCAAUGGAAGCGCGAUAGGAAGACCAUCUUUACUGAAGGACCCGCGGAAGGCAAGGUACUCAAAGCUGUUCUCUCCAUUGCUAGAGUACAAGACAGCAUCAGAUGUAACUACACCAAUUGCCAUGAGAAGCAGUAGGAAAUUCAUGGGGAGUCCUCCAACACAGACUGGAUCAUGGAAGCCAAAGCAUCCAACAGUUGUUGCACUGCAACGGAAACCGCUAGUAUGGAGUCCACUCAGGCUAAGAACCAUGCAGAAUCAAGGGAGGUCUUCAUUGUUACCUUAUCGACCCCUCAACUGAUAACCAAGUGAUCCUUUGUUCCCUUUUCCUUAAAGGUGGGAGACUGGCUCGAAACAUAUACUUCUGGCUUGCCAUUAAACACUUUCACAUCAAUUCUUUCUUCCUUUCUUUUUUUUUUCCCACCUAAUGUUUAACUACCUUUUCAAGAAAUUCUUUUUCUCAUUGUCUAUCUUGGAUUAUACACCUAUCUCACAUAUCGUGUAAGAAAUUUUUCUCUGCUAUCCUGUAUUCUAUGCCUUGCAGUUUACUGGUGCUCACUGGAUUAC